GCGCCGCCCUCACGCUCGGUCCGCAGGGGGGCGCCCUCCUCGGCCGGCCGCGCUCGCGCCGCGCUGGCCCCGCCCCCUCCGGCGGGGCGUCUGACGUCACUUCCGGCGCGUCCCGUGAGGGGCCCCGGGAUGGGGCGAGGGGAGGCUCCUCCUGCCUGAUCCAGCUCUGCCAAACCCAGCUCGGCGCCAUGGCCACCUCGGAGUGGCUCCGUUUCUUCGAGGACGCCGGGAUCCCCCCGGGCCCCGCCCUGGGCUACGCCGUGGCCUUCGUGGACAACAGGAUCCACAAGAACAUGCUGCUGGACCUGACCAAGGAGCUGAUGAAGGAGCUGGGCAUCACCGUGGUGGGCGACGUCAUCGCCAUCCUGCGCCACGCCAAGGUGGUCCACAGGCAGGAAAUGUGCCGGGCGGCCUCGGAGUCGCUGCAGCCCGAGGCCGCGGGGGGAUCCCGGCGGGAUCAGCAGGAUCACCGGGAUCAGCGGGAUCCUGAGCGGGAGCACCGGGAGCACCGGGAUCCCUGCGGGGCCGCCGGCAGGAUGAUCACCAACAGCCUGAGCCGGGACCCCGCCCCCCGCGCCCCCCGGAACCCCCCCGGCGCCGGGAUCUCCGUCACCGUCCCCAACGGCACCGCCAAGGCCGGCGGAUCGGGCCCCGAGGCGCCGGCGCUGCCGCCCAAGCGGCGCCGGGUGACGGCCGAGGCCGAGGGCGCCUUCCUCAUCUCGCUGCCCAAGGGCGCCGCGGCCCGCGGCCGCCAGGUCCUGCGCCCGCCCGCCGCCCCAGGUCUGGGCCGGCCCUCGGUGUUCGAGCGCCUCGGGGCCGAGGCCAAAGCGGCCGCAGCCGCCGGAGCGAAGCCCUCGGGGGUGUUCAGCCGCCUGGGGGCCGCCCCGGAGGGCCCCGAGCCCGCGGGCGCUCCGGCCGAUCCGGCGGGUGAUGGGGCGGAUCCCGAGGCGCUGCCCUACGCCGGCGUGCUGAAGAAGCGCCGGGAAUGUUCCGGAACGGCGGCGGCGGCGCAGGACGGGGCCGUGUCCAGCUCGGGGGGCGCCUGGGGCUGCGGCCAGGUCAGCAGCUCCUGCGGCCCCCGCAGCGUCUUCCGCAGGCUGGGCCGCAAACCCGACUGAGGGAUCCGCCCGGGAUCCGCCCCGGGAUCCGCCCCGGGGAGCUGCUGGGACUGACGGCGGGAACGGGGAUCCUGCUGCGACUGACGCUGGGGGAUCCCGGGAUCCUGCUGGGGUGGGCAUCCCGGGCGUGGAGAUCCUGCUGGAUCCGCUGGGAUCCCCCCCGGGAUCGGCGGGAAUCUGCUGGGGCGGACAGCAGGGACAGGGAUCCUGGGAGUGGGAAUCCUGCUGGAUUCACCGGGAUCCCCCUGGGAGCUGGUGGGAGUGACAGCGUGGGCAGGGAUCCUGCUGGAUCCGCUGGGAUCGGCAGGGAGUGGGAAUGGAGAUCCCUGGUAUUUGGGAUCCACUGGGAUCCCCCCGGAACCAGCAGGAAUCUGCUGGGACUGACAGCAGGAUCGGGGAUCCCGCUGGAUCCACUGGGGUUUGGGAUCCCCCGGGAUUCACUAGGCGCUGAUGGGACUGAUCACAGUGGAUCCCAGGGAUCCUGAGAUUUGGAACCCUGCUGGGAUUGAUCCUGGGAGAUCCCAGCAGGAAUCGAGGGUGGAUCCCCUGGACGAAGCGGGGGAUUCCCCCAGAAAUCCCCACCCGAUCCCUUGGGAAUCCCGCUGGGAAACCCCGGCGGAUCCCGGCUGCAGAUCCCGAGGCCAAACCAGCACCAAAAUCUCCUUUUUUCACCCCAAUUUUCCCUUUCCCAGAUCUCUUUUUUUUGGGGGGGGAGAUUUGGGGCUGCAGACGCAAAAUUCCAUCCGAGGGUGGAGCUUUGGUCCCAUUUCCCUGGGGUUUUAUUCCCAUUUUCUUGGAUUUUUAUUCCCAUUUUUCCCCUAAAAAAAAUUUUUACUCCGAAUAAUUUUUACUCCAAAAAUGAUCCCUGGGCGGAAUUUUGGGUGCAACUUCCCAAAAAAACCCCAAAUCUUCCCCAAAAAACCCCAAAUCCUCCCCAAAAAUCCCCAAAUCCUCCCCAAAAAACCCCAAAUCCUCCCCAAAAAACCCCAAAUCCUCCCCAAAAAACCCCAAAUCCUCCCCAAAAAUCCCCAAAUCCUCCCCAAAAAAACCCUAAAAACCCCAAAUCCUCCCCAAAAAACCCCAAAUCCUCCCCAAACCCCCCGACAGGUGCUCAAAACACCCCAAAAUUGCCUUAAUUGGUGGAUUUUGCCUCCAGAACCCCCCAAAUUCCUCAUUUCCCCCAAAUUCCUUCCUCUCUUGGACCCCAAACCCCAAAAAGUUGCUUUUUUCCCCCGAAAUGAGUUCGGGGCAGGGAAUGCUGAGCUGGGGGAGGUUUUUAAUCAGAAAAAAGAAAAAAAAAAGAAAUUUGGGAUUUUUUCCCUGCACUUUUUGACUUUUCCCCAAAAUUUGGGAAUUUUUUUCCCCCCCACUUUGUGUUUUUCCCAGAAUUUGGGAUUUCCCCUCUCCACUUUUUGGCUUUUCCCCCAAAUUUGGGUUUUUUUUUUCCCUCCUCACUUUGUGUUUUUCCCCAAUUUUGGAUUUUUUUUUUCCCCCCGAAUUUGGGAUUUUUUUCCCCCACCCCAAAUUCCAGGGCAGGAUUUCACUGCGCUUCGGGUGAAUUCUCGCGGUAUUUCCGCUUCUCGCGGGAGCUUUUUUUGGGCAAUAAACGCGUGAAAGUGUUAAUAAACGCUAAUUUAUGCA